AUGGGUGCCGGUCAAUCCAAGCCCGACGACUCUACCAAACAUGUCUUUUCCAGCGAUACGCCCAUUCAAUUCUCUCAAGAACUUGUAGACUCCCUACAAGCGUCCUCAGAAACCAACUCCACGCGCGCCAAAUCGCUCGAACUACACAUCGCACAACGUGUCGCCGCCGAGCUUGAAAAGUUGAAGGCCCAGGAAUCCGAAGUUCUAGAAGACAUCCGGAAGAAGAUUGCGAGCGGUGAUUCAGAUUCCCAAACAGACUCGUCGCUCCUCUCCCUGUCUCCUAAGGAGCUAUUAUCCUCACAGAGCGCCGAGGAGAAAGCGCGGAAAUCUCAGACGACGCAGAAAGUGCAGCAGGAGAUCGAGAAGUUAAAACAGACGUUGGGUCAGCGGAAGGUCGUCAAGGAGUUGCCCAGGGAGGUUGAGACUGCGUAG